AUGAAGGGAAGACAAAGACAUUACAAAUGUGUAAGAUACACAAAGCAAAUUUUAAUAAAACUUUGCGGCGUCAUUUUUCUUAUGCAUUUCCAUGUUUAUUUCAAGUUCAAACAAUCACAAAAUACUUUCACGAGCCCAUAUUCAAGAUAUAUUGCUGUUGAAGCAUCUUCAAAAGAAUUCUGCAUCUUCUUUAGUUUUAAAAUAGAAAAAGAAAGUAAAAAAGAAACUUUUGAAAAAGUCAUUGAAGUGGAAAGCUUCUGA